AUGCGCUCUUUCUUUCAAUUCAUUACUACGCCAACUGCCGACACACCUGGCACUACACUAUUGUUGCACUUCGACAACAAGCGCUACCUGAUUGGAAACAUCGCCGAAGGCACUCAGCGAGCCUCAGUCGAACAGAAAGUUCGUCUCCUGAAGGUCUCCGAGGUCUUCUUGACAGGAAACACGACAUGGGAAAGGACUGGCGGUUUGAUCGGCAUGGUCUUGACCUUGGCCGACUCCGCUUCGUGUAGUGCUCAGGCCAGCUUAUUGGAAACUAAGAAGAAGAUCUUGAACAAGCUGGAGCGAGAUGGCGCCCAAAUUGAUGAGGAAAAGAUUGCUGAGCAGGCUGCUCGCGAAGUCAAGGACCGAGUGCGACUCUCGGUCUUUGGAGGACCCAACCUCAACUAUACUCUGGCUACUGCUCGACGUUUUGUCUUCCGCAAGGGAAUGCCUGUAGAUGUGCACGAAUAUGGUAACGAUUUUGGUCAACUCUCGCCUCCUUCAACGAACCCGACAUGGUCAGACGACAACAUCCAAGUAUGGGCGUUGCCUGUUUCUCUAGCCUCCAAUGCGUCAAGUGCUUCGAGUAGCCCUCGGAAGCGAAGCUACGAUGAGCUCAACGGCCGACAGUCUCCGCAAUCUCGCCCCCCUCUCCGUCAACAAGACAAGGAGAAGGCCUUGAUGAUGUCCAAAUCGGUGGUCUCGGAGAUGUUCGACUCCUCAUGGCGUAUGGACGCGCUCGUCGAAACCCCGAUUAACCAGGUGCAGCUGCCCGCUGCACUAUUCGUACGCGAUCCUCAGACACACAAAAUCACAAAAUAUACUGGUCCGAUGCCUGGAGGCAAACAACCUGUACCAGACAUCAAAGUUCUUGUCCGGCGCCCCUGGCCUGGAGCCCUUAUUGAGUCCCUUCCUCGAACAGAACCUGCAAAGGUGGCCAUGUCAUACAUCUUCCGCAAUCACAUACAAAGAGGCAGAUUCCAACCAAAACGGGCUGAAGCAUUGGGUGUCGAAAAGGGGCCCAAAUGGGCAGCUCUUGGUAAGGGCCAGAACGUUGAGAACGAUAAAGGAGAAACGAUCACUCCGGAUAUGGUAUUGGAGCCUAGCAAACAAGGUGGAGGCGCGGCCAUUGUUGAUCUGCCCUCGCCGGAAUACGUGGAAGCUCUCGUCUCGCGUCCCGAGUGGAAGUCGGCCGAGAUUAUGGCUGGCGUUGGUGCUUUCAUAUGGAUGCUAGGUCCAGGUGUCGCGACACAUCCACUGUUGAAGCAGUUCAUGGAGGAGAUGAAGCACAUGAAGCAUGUCGUUUCUUCCCCAGAUCUCUGCCCAAACCGAUUAGCCCUCGACUCUGCCGCCGGUGCCACCAUCAGGCUGAGCCAAAUCGACGCUCUUCGUUACAGAACCCCGGUGCACGACAACGUCCCUGCCUCAGGAGCUCUUGAGCAUGCAGGCGAGCUGCAAGAUAUUGUCACUGUUGCUGACCGGGGACAGAAAAUACAGUUGGAACCAUCUCUUGAGAUUCAAACCAACGAGAUUACUGCCCUCCUAGAUAUCGAGAAGGUAAAGACAGAAAUGUCAAAAGACGUCCUUGAUCUCGCCCGUGUCGCCCGUGAGGACGUAGAAGCCAGCAAACAAGCUCUCGAUGCCUGGGCCAACACUCUACCACAGAAAGAUGUGGAAAUCACCACCUUAGGCACGGGUUCUGCACUCCCUUCAAAGUAUCGUAACGUAUCUGCGACACUGUUGCGCAUUCCUGGCUGGGGUUCCAUGCUUCUCGACGCUGGCGAAAACACUUUGGGUCAGCUCAGGCGUGUUUACGCUCCUGAAGUCCUCAGCGAUAUUAUGAGAGAGCUUCGAGUAAUUUGGAUCAGUCACAUGCACGCCGACCAUCACCUAGGCACUGUCUCUGUCAUUCGAGAGUGGUACAAGACCGUUCAUGGCUCGCAACCAGCACCUAUCAUCUCCCCAGGAGACGACUUGGAUUUCGAUGCGGCCUCUGCGUUCAGCAGACAAGACCGUCUUUCUGUGAUCUCGGAGGUAGCGAUGUUGCACUGGCUUGAAGAGUACAGUCACGUUGACGACUACGGUUACUCACGUUUGGCGCCACUGUGCAUCACCCCAAACUGGCCUAACAAGAGUGUUCAGUCGACCCUCUCUUGGUUCAUCCCACCUUCCUUGACUAGAGAGCACGGAGGGAAUAGCUCUCUUUUGGCACGGAAGCGAUCGGCCGACAACACUGCUCGUGCUCGUGUUAUGCCACAAACACUUAACCUGCAGGACAUACAGUGUGUCCAGGUUCAGCACUGUCACGGUGCUCGCGCGGUCUCAGUGACAUUCCCCUCGGGCUUCAAAGCAUCGUACUCUGGCGACUGUCGCCCGUCCAAGCCGUUCACACAGAUUGGGCAGGGUAGCACGGUCUGCAUCCACGAAGCCACAUUCGACGACGAGCUACAAGGUGAUGCCGAGGCAAAGAACCACACCACGACUAGCGAGGCCCUCAGCGUGGCACUAGGCAUGGGAGCAAAGGCUUGCGUGUUGACACAUUUCAGUCAGCGAUACCAGAAGGUCCCAGUGCUGGAGUACACUGAGGAAGAGGAUGCCAUCUCCUCUCUGGAAACCACUGGAGAUGAGAUGGACAUAUCGAUCAACACAGACGAUGAAGCUGACGCCCCAGCAGCAAAGCACAUCAAGAUCAAGUCAGGGAGCGACAUGAAGGUCUGCGUCGCCUUUGACUAUAUGAGGGUCAAGGUUGGAGAAAUUGCCCAGAUGGAGAAGUACACUGACACACUCGUCGCUCUCUUCGCCGCAGAGGAGUCGGAAGAGAACAAGGUCGAAGCCCCAAAGAAGAAGGCUAAAGGUGGUAAGAGUCAGCGAAACAACUGA